CCUCGCCAUGCAGCUCUUCGCCGUCUUGCUCUUCAUAUUCCUUCUCUUUACAUACAUCUACCUUCGGUCUCUCAUUUCCACCACAGAUAUUGCCGAAAGGGGCUUCCAUAACUACCCUUUCAUCGGAGCUUUGCCCGACUUCGUCAAGAAUCGACACCGUUUCUUAGAGUGGACCACCCAAGUCCUCCGCGAAUGCCCCACCCACACAGCUUUCUUAGCUCGUCCCGGCAAUGUCCUGGGCAUCCUCACAGCUGAUCCGCUCAACGUACAACACAUUCUCAAGACCAACUUCCGCAACUAUCCCAAGGGCCAAAAAAUGACAUACGUUCUCCGAGAUUUUCUGGGCUCAGGAAUCUUCAACGCCGACGGCCACCUCUGGAAAGUUCAGAGGAAAACAGCAAGCUACGAAUUCAACUCUAAGUCGCUUCGAAACUUCGUCAUGGACAACGUUACCAUCGAAAUUCAGACGAGGCUACUUCCCCUUCUCUCGAGGGCCUCCCAGACUCGCCGGGUACUCGAUCUGCAGGACAUCCUGGAGCGCUUCGCUUUCAACAACAUUUGCAAGCUUGCUUUUAACGUCGACCCCGGAUACCUCGACGGUGACGGAACAGCCGGCGCUGACCUCAUGCGGGCGUUUGAUGAUGCCACCACUCUCAGCGCCGACAGGUUCUUGUACGCCUUCCCACUUAUGUUUGAAAUCAAGAGGUGGUUGAACAUAGGAUCAGAAAGAAGGCUGAGAGAGUCAAUCGCAACUGUACACAGGCUCGCGGAUGAGAUCAUAAGGUCCAGAUUGGAAGCCCCGAAUGCCGAUCAAGACCAGGACCUACUGUCCCGGUUUAUCAGAACGGAGGAGUGCUCGCCGGAGUUUCUACGAGAUAUUGUGAUAAGCUUCAUUCUAGCAGGGCGUGACACGACGUCCUCCGGGUUGAGUUGGUUGUUCUGGAUAUUAUCCUCAAGAUCGGACGUAAAACGACAAAUAAGGGAGGAGCUAAAAGCGAUCCGCUCUAAAAAAGGGAAAAACAUAACAGAUGGAUUCGGAUUCGAGGAUCUGAAAGACAUGCAUUAUCUACAAGCAGCAAUAUCGGAAGCAAUGAGGUUGUACCCACCAGUUCCGGUGGAUACGAGGGCGUGUUCGGGGGACGAAGUGUUGCCGGACGGUACGAUGAUCAAGAAGGACUGGUUUAUAUCAUACCAUACGUACGCCAUGGGAAGGAUGGAGAGUAUAUGGGGAGAAGAUUGCUGCGAAUACAAACCAGAACGGUGGAUUGAGGAUGGGAUUUACCAAGGGGAGAACCCGUUUCGAUAUCCGGUGUUCCAUGCAGGUCCGAGGUUGUGUUUGGGUAAAGAAUUAGCUUAUGUCCAGAUGAAGUGCGUUGCGGCUUCGGUGUUGGAGAUGUACGACGUAGAGGCGCUGCAUAAGGACACGUGUCCUCAGCUUCUGUUUUGUUUGACUUUGAGAAUGAAAGGAGGCCUGCCUGUCACGGUAACCCAAAGAGAGCACCACCGGUUUGGAAUUUAGUGACGGAUUCAAUCAUAUGAAGCUCCAUUGAUUAAUAGCUGAAUUGGCUUUGAUUCGAAAGCCGAUUAAUUACGUGCUCAACAUUUAAUUAGCAUUUGUUUUAAAAUCGUUGCAAUUAAAAUUAUUUAAUUAUUUACGUUUCUCGGAACAUGACAUUAUGAAUGUAC